AUGAGUAAGCGGAAUCCACAGAUUCUGAAGAUAUUCCUCUACAUGCUACUUCUCAACUCUCUCUUUCUCUGCAUCUACUUCGCUUUUCACUCAUCGUCGUCGUCACCGGAGCAAAACCCCAAUUUCCCACUGCGGUUUCACGUCUCCGUCAACAACCACUCGGCGACUCAGAAGCCGUGGCCGAUCUUACCUUCCUACCUUCCGUGGACGCCGCCGCAGAAGAAUCUACCCACCGGCUCCUGCGAAGGUUACUUCGGGAAUGGAUUCACUCGGAGAGUUGACUUCCUCAGACCCAGGACUUCCAAAGGGAGCUGGUUUCGAUGCUUCUACAGUGAGACGCUACAUAGCUCGAUAUGCGAGGGAAGGAAUCUGAGGAUGGUCCCCGAUCGGAUCGUAAUGUCGAAAGGAGGCGAGAAGCUAGAGGAAGUCAUGGGAAGGAAAGAGGAGGAGGAGCUCCCGGAGUUUCGGGAAGGUGCGUUUGAGGUGGCGGAAGAGGUUUCCCGGUUAGGGUUCAAGAGAAACCGCCGCAUCGGCGGAGGAGGCAGUGUGAUUUCGCGGCGGCUGGUGAAUGACGAGAUGCUCAACGAAUAUAUUCAACAAGGUGGCAUUGAUAGACAUACAAUGAGGGAUUUGGUAGCUUCGAUUCGUGCUGUUGGCACCGAAGAUUUCGUUUGUGAAGAGUGGGUGGAAGAACCAACUUUGCUGGUCACUCGAUUUGAGUAUGCAAAUCUCUUCCAUACCGUGACAGAUUGGUACAGCGCUUAUGUUUCCUCUAGAGUCACCGGUUUGCCUAAUCGGCCACACGUUGUUUUCAUUGAUGGACACUGCACGACGCAGCUAGAAGAAACAUGGACUGCUUUAUUUUCCGGAAUCAGAUACGCAAAAAAUUUCAGCAAACCGGUUUGUUUUCGUCACGCGAUUCUUGCACCAUUGGGAUACGAAACCGCGCUUUUCAAGGGCUUGACCGGAGAGAUUAACUGCAACGGCGAAUCAGCUCAAAGUCUGUGGCAAAACCCGGAUAACAAGAAAACCGCGAGGCUCUCAGAGUUUGGCGAAAUGAUAAGAUCAGCUUUCGGGUUUCCUGUGAACAGACACCGCUCAUCGGAAAAACCUUCGUCGUCUUCAUCAUCCUCUGUUCACAACGUUCUCUUUGUCCGCCGUGAAGAUUACUUAGCGCACCCUCGUCACGGCGGUAAAGUCCAGUCUCGGCUCAGCAACGAGGAAGAAGUGUUCGACUCGUUGCACCACUGGGUCGAAUCUGGCUCCAUUGGUUUGACGAAAUGCGGGAUCAACCUUGUGAAUGGAUUGUUUGCGCACAUGUCGAUGAAAAAUCAAGUCCGAGCCAUCCAAGACGCGUCAGUGAUCAUAGGAGCUCACGGAGCGGGGAUGACUCACAUUGUGUCUGCAACACCAAACACUACGAUAUUUGAGAUUGUGAGCGUAGAGUUUCAGAGACCUCAUUUCGAGCUUAUAGCCAAGUGGAAAGGUUUGGAGUAUCAUGCGAUGCAUCUGGCGAAUUCACGGGCGGAUCCAACGGCUGUGAUUGAUAAGCUAAAAGAGAUAAUGAAGAGCCUUGGCUGCUGAAACCCACACACACAAAAACAAAAAAAAACAAAUGUGGAAUCGGAGUAGCGAGCGAGUUCGAGUCUCCGGUGACUCGUGAGUUCGAGUCUUAGCGGCCACGGGAUGUUAUGAUAUAUAUACUCUUUUUUUUUUCAUUUGUAGGUGAGUUAAUGAUGUCAAAGUGGUGUAAAUUAGCUUUUGCUUUUUGUACUAGACAGGCUUUUUGACCCGUGAGUUCGAGUCUUAGCGGCUACGGGAUGCAUUCUGAUUCAUAAUUAUUCCAUAGUAUCUGGAUGUAAAAGUGAUACAUGGUAUUUCCAAAAUUUCCUUGUUUUUU